GUGGCGGUGGUGGAGGAUUUUACGGCAAUGGACGCAGUAGUACAAACUUUGGUGGAGUCAAAGGAAGUGGUGGGGAAGGAGGAAGAGGAUUUACUCAAGGAGGAGCAGGGGGGCGUGCUCUGUACAAUAAUGCAGUCGGAGGGUUUGGAGGAGGUGGAGGGGGGAGGGACUUGGAGGAGGUGCAGGAGGGGGCGGAGGAUAUUCUGGAGGAGCAUCAGGGGCUAGUCAUUAUCAUUCAUGCGGAGGAGGAGGAGGGUCGUACAAUAUCGGCAAGAAUCAAGAGAACAAGGAGGGAUUCCGCGCAAGUGGUCAUGGUUAUGUCGAAAUAA